GAAAAAUAAAUAAGAAAAGGAAAAGGAAAAACAACCCUGGCACUACGAUUCUAUCUCUGCGAUGAUCGGGUUCAUUAUUGUUGGCGAUGAUGACUCAUAAAUCACAAUCAUGAUGAGUAGUUGAAAUCGAAAAGAGAAAAAAAGUUCAAAAGAAGAAGAAGGAGAAGAAGCGCUAUACCAGCAGCAGCAUUUUCUUUUCCAUUUCCAACAUCAACAGCGAGAGAAAGGAUCAUCGAUCAUCAUGUCGUUUUCGUUUUUCAAGGCUUUGAGGCCUAAAACGCCGCAAGAGGUGGCCAAGUCCAUCAAGGAGAGUCUCAUGGCCCUCGAUACCAAAACCGUUGUUGAAGUUAAAGCCCUUGAGAAGGCUUUAGAGGAAGUUGAAAAGAAUUUUGUAACAAUGAGAACCAUGCUUUCUGGAGACGGAGAGUCAGAACCAAAUUUGGACCAGGUUUCACAGUUAGUGGAGGAAAUCUGCAAGGAGGAUGUUCUCACUCUUCUAAUUCACAAGCUGCCUAUACUAGGAUGGGAAGCAAGAAAGGAUUUAGUCCACUGUUGGUCGAUAUUAUUGAAACAUAAAGUUGAGACCAAUUAUUACUGUGUAGAAUACAUUGAACAACACAUUGAGUUACUAGACUUUCUUGUUGUAUGCUAUGAUAACAAAGAUAUUGCCUUGAGCUGUGGCAUAAUGUUGAGGGAGUGCAUCAAAUUUCCAUCACUUGCAAGAUACAUAUUGGAAUCUGCAAGUUUUGUGCUGUUCUUUAAAUUUGUAGAGUUGCCUAACUUUGAUGUUGCAUCUGAUGCAUUUUCUACCUUUAAGGAUCUUCUUACUAAGCAUGUAAACGUGGUCUCUGAAUUUUUGACAGCUCACUAUGAUGAGUUCUUUGAUCUAUAUGAGAAACUCUUGACAUCUCCUAAUUAUGUCACAAGGAGGCAGUCUUUGAAGCUUCUCUCGGAAUUUCUUUUGGAAUCUCCUAAUUCCCAGAUAAUGAAGCAGUACAUCUUAGAAGUUCGUUACUUGAAAGUCAUGAUGACAUUGUUGAGGGAUUCAAGUAAAAAUAUUCAGUUAUCAGCUUUCCACAUUUUCAAGGUUUUUGUUGCUAAUCCUAAUAAGCCUCGCGAAGUAAAAAUUAUUUUGUCGAAGAACCAGGAGAAGCUACUAGAUUUGCUUCAUAAUCUGUCCCCAGGAAAAGGUUCAGAAGAUGAACAAUUUGAGGAGGAAAAGGAGUUUAUCAUCAAGGAAAUUGAAAGACUAUCGAUCUAAGUUAAUUUUUUUUCUACUGCAGCUGUGUGUGAUUUUGUAACAAGUCCUUUUGUGACCUGUAUAUCCAAAGCUAAUUUGCUGCAAGGAUUUCAUGUUUCUGUUUAUAGGAAACAUAAAAGGUCCAUGAGUUUUUAUGUGGACAAGACACCAACUAUGUGUUUGUAAAACAAACUGAAUUAAAAUUAUCGAGCUUUCAUACUGGUAUAGUGAAGAUGCCAUUGGGAGUGUAUUUGUUGCACAGAUGAA